AUGCCAGAGGCAGGUGGACAACUUGAUUUGAAAGUUACGCCACGCGAACCUCAGAAGCAUAUAAAAAAGCAGAAUGGAAGUAAGAAGAAUAUGAAUAAACCUAAUAGAAGUGAACAGAAUAAGAAGGAUCGAAAGAUUAAAGCCAAGGGCAAGAAAGCCUCAAAGCAAGAACAAAAAGAGUUUUCUAUACCACCCAGAGGAGCUCUGCCUGACGGAUCAAGCGUCAACUUUGGCCAUGAAAAGCUUAAGUAUCCGGUUAAACUCAGAAAUGAGACUGGGAAAGGUCGCAAGAACAUUAACCGGCAGCAUUCGGGAGACGGCAUGAAAAACAGAGCGGUGUUAAAGAGCACGGCUAUAAGCCUCAAAGAGACAACUAACGAUUUGAAGAAUAUGCUGAUUUCCGACACUUUUGCUGAACCAUCACUUCCAGAUGGAUCCAGGCCUGUUUUUAACAACAACACCGGCAAAAACAACAAAAAUGGUGGUAUUCGGAUGGAAAUGUCUGAGUCUAGUUCACAAAGCUCUCGUUCGCAUUCAAGAAAUCAAUCCCAGCGGAAAUCCCGGUCUCGUUCACACUCUCGUGCUAGUAGCCACUCACCACCAAUGUCUGCAUCUUCGUCAUAUUUGAACUUAACACCACCAACUACUUCUUCCUCUAAUCACUACGCAGAGUUGCGUACUCCGGGUUUGCAGACCCUUCCGGAUGGUUCUAGGCCGGUAUUUGGUAACGAACCAGAGCAUUUCUCAAGAGCCAAAUAUUCGAACUUGACUUCUAUGACUUCAUAUUCAACAGAUUCGCUCUCUGGAUCAAAUAAGGUCUAUGCCGGAUCAUCUUUUCAUAGUUCGCCAUCUGCUGUUUCACUUCCAAGACCCUCAUUUACUGGUAAAUGA